AUUGGCCGUGCGUGCAUGCGCUCCCGGGAUGCGCGCGGAGCUCUCCGCUUGUCGUUUAGCCUCGCGCCGCUUCACACGCUCUUGAGCGCCGCUGGGCUCAGUGCGCACAGUUUCCUCUGGAACUUGGAAGAUUUGUCUCAUCUCCAAGAAGCAGCGGCUGUCGUGAUGGAUGCUACCAUUUAUGAAAUCAUCUUCGGAGAACUCGGGGAUCUAAAUUGUAGUUUGGUAGAGGCUUUUCAUGACACUUUUUUGGAAAAUGCUUCUUUAUCACUGCUGAGCGCUGAUGGUUUGUAUUGCAAUGCCACAGUCGAUGAGAUUGGAACCUGCUGGCCGCGCAGCAGCACCGGGAGGAUCGUGGAGAGACCCUGCCCUGCCUACAUCAACGGGGUGAAGUACAACGCAACAAGGAGUGCGUACAGGGAGUGCAUGGAUAAUGGAACGUGGGCUUUGAAGAUCAAUUACUCUAAUUGUGAGCCCAUUUUAGAAGAGAAGAGGAAAUAUCCCAUGCAUUAUAAGAUUGCUCUGAUCAUCAACUACCUGGGCCACUGUAUCUCUGUGGGGGCUCUGGUCGUAGCCUUCGUUCUCUUCUUGUGCUUAAGGAGCAUACGGUGUCUUCGAAACAUCAUCCACUGGAACUUGAUCACCACCUUCAUACUGAGGAACGUGAUGUGGUUUUUGCUUCAGCUGAUUGACCACAACAUCCACGAAAGCAAUGAGCCGUGGUGUCGACUGAUUACAACCAUAUACAACUACUUUGUGGUGACGAACUUUUUCUGGAUGUUCGUUGAAGGAUGCUACCUUCACACGGCCAUCGUCAUGACUUAUUCCACCGAUAAGCUGAGAAAGUGGGUUUUCCUCUUCAUCGGAUGGUGUAUUCCAUGCCCUAUAAUUGUCACUUGGGCCAUUGGAAAGCUUUAUUUUGAAAAUGAAAAAUGUUGGUUUGGUAAAGAACCUGGAAAAUAUAUGGACUACAUUUACCAAGGACCAGUCAUCCUUGUACUCCUGAUAAACUUUGUUUUCCUAUUCAACAUAGUACGAAUUCUUAUGACCAAGCUAAGAGCAUCAACCACAUCGGAAACCAUUCAAUACAGAAAAGCUGUGAAAGCCACACUCGUCUUGCUGCCUCUGCUGGGCAUCACCUACAUGCUGUUCUUUGUGAAUCCGGGGGAGGACGACAUCUCACAAAUUGUUUUCAUCUAUUUUAACUCGUUUUUACAGUCCUUUCAGGGAUUCUUUGUGUCUGUCUUUUACUGUUUCCUAAAUGGAGAGGUGCGCUCCGCUGUCAGGAAACGUUGGCACCGCUGGCAGGACAACCACGCCCUUCGAGUGCGAGUGGCGCGAGCCAUGUCCAUCCCCACAUCGCCAACCAGGAUCAGCUUCCACAGCAUCAAGCAGACCACAGCGGUGUGAAGCAGAGACACGGAUGCUGACGUGCAGAGGUCAUCAAGUUUCUCCUGCAUGGACGGAGCAGGAACAGUGUUUACAAGAUUCCUUUACUGCAACAACUGUGUGCCUGAGUGCUCGGGGUGUUUUUUAUUUUGUCAUAAAAAUAGUUUCUUGGAUGAUUCAUCCACAUAUCUAUCUAUCAAAUGUUCUAUACGCCACUCUGUUCAGUCAGGGAGGCUGCAGGAAGUGAUUCACCUGCUUUUAAUAUGUAACAUAUGAGCCGUUUGGUCUGAAUUUGUUGGAAAACUGGGGUAUUUUACAGAGAACUUCAUUACCAUGUCCUCUCUGUAGCCUCGCUGCUUUUGUCUGUUUGAAAGGGUUCUGCAUCCCUGUCCUUUUUUUUUUUUGCUUCAGAGACAUUUUAAAGGUGAAAUAUGACCCAAAAACGGUUGUAACAGAUGGGAUGGAAUUUGAAAGCAUUGAAUUUGAUUGAAAUGGUCUCCAAAACGCAGCACAUGACUGGUUUGUAUCAGACGUGUGCUGAAGCUGCAACAAAUGACCCUUUUUCGAACCUCCUGUCAAGUUUUACCUUGACCUCAAUGACAGAUGGGAUUUUUGUGGAUUUUUUUGUGGAAUCAUCGUACCCUAAUAUUAUAUAUUUUUUACCCAAUUCUUUUUAAAGUGCAACUGCAUAAAUCUUUUCAUCUGUUGUAAAAGCAUUCCCAGUUUUCUUGUUUUUUUAAUAUGACUAUGCAGUUUUUGGUUAAAAUCAAAACCUUGUGUCGUUUUCAAGGACAUAGUUUCUGCAGAGCGGCAGUGGUUCAUUAGAAAUUGGCCUGUGAGUUGUGGGUGGGACUGUCGGCCUGUCCCCACUUCCCGUC